AAUAAUGUAUGGCUCAAAAGGACUUGAAUCCAGAGCCGUUAAGCUUGUUGUUUGUUUACUUGUGUGUCUUAAUUCCCUUGGAAAUUGAAUAAAAUUUAUUACUUUGGUAUGAGAAUAAAAUAGACUUAUAAGUUAGAAAAGAUAGUCUUUUAGAAAUCCUGAUAAAAUGUCUGUAACAUUACAUACCGAUAUGGGAGAUAUAAAAAUUGAACUAUUUUGUGAACAAUGUCCCAAGGCAUGUGAAAACUUCUUAGCACUAUGUGGUAGUGAUUAUUAUAAUGGAUGUUUAUUUCAUAGAAAUAUCAAGGGUUUCAUAGUUCAGACUGGAGAUCCUACAGGUACUGGUAAAGGAGGUACUUCAAUAUGGGGGAGAAAAUUCGAAGAUGAAUUUAAAGAAGAACUCAAGCAUAGUGCAAGGGGAAUGGUUAGUAUGGCUAAUAAUGGACCAAAUACAAAUGGAAGCCAGUUUUUCUUUACAUAUGGUGAACAGCCUCAUUUAGAUCUCAAAUAUACUGUAUUUGGAAGGAUUAUUGAUGGGUUUGAAGCUCUUGAUGAUUUAGAAAAAAUGCAAGUUAAUCCCAAAACAUUCAGACCAAUUAAUGAAGCAAGAAUAACAUCUGUGACUAUUCAUGCAAAUCCAUUAGCUGGUUAAAUUUUAAAUAAGAAGCAGCUGGAGUAUUUUAUUUAAUAAGGAAAUGAAUAGA